AUGAAGCCAUUUUUGUUGCACACAGUUUUUGUCGUCACCCUCUUAUCUUGGCUGGUGUCAACCCAAGAAGCACCCUCGCCAGCGGACUCAGUAUGCAACGGAAUUAUUUACGCUACUCUACCGGAUCCUGUCGAUUGUCGAAGCUACUACGUGUGCAUUCACUCGAAAGGUACCCACAACACGUGCCCUCACGAUUUCGUGUUCCAACCGAGUAUCUCCUUCUGUGUUCAUCGAACACAGUAUCGAUGCCCGGCCAGUGAUACAACAACUUCAACAACAACAACAACCGCAGUACCUACGGACCCGCCACAACCAGAAACGCAACCACCAGACUGUCCGGAAACAUCGUGGGAAGCCCAAGUUUGCAGAAACCAUCUUUCCGCUUUAAUUCCAAACUCAUUCAACUGCACCCAGUACGUCAAUUGUGAGUCGAACCCUCCGCGAAAUCAACAGUGUCCUCCAGGACGCAUCUUCAGUCUGCCGUAUCAGGAUUGUUUGCCAGGAAACCAAGCAACGUGCACUUUUGACCGACUUGACGCAAGUUUUUGUGCCGAAAGACCCAGCGGUAGCUAUUCCCAUCCCUAUCAGUGCAAUCGAUUCGUAACCUGCCUUCGAGGUGAGCCACGGGUGGAGACCUGCCCUCCCUACUAUCUGUUCGAUGGCUCAGCACUGCGAUGUGUCCGAGGUGAUGUGUUACAGUGUUCCUCACUGCUAGCGCAGUGA